UUGAAUUUUUUGUCUUUCUAAAGAAUGCAACGUCUUCCACCCUCUGGGGGAAGAGGAAAGCUCCUCAGUAAUGAUCAGGAGCUUGCCAUUGUAGAAAUGGUUGCUGCAGAUAAUGCAAUAAAACUGCGUGAAAUCCAAACUAGAAUUGUGGCGGACCAUGAGAUAUUUGACAAUAUCGAUAGAAUCAGCCUCACAACCAUUACGCGGACAUUGUCCAAACACACAGUGCGGAUGAAGCAGCUCUACACUGUUCCCUUUGAGAGGAACAGUGAGAGGGUCAAGGAGCUACGACGACAAUAUGUCCAGAGAGUUAUGGAAUUGGAGGCCAACCAGGCCCCUCAUGAAUUCAUAUACAUCGAUGAGGCAGGAUUCAAUCUGGCCAAAAGGCGUCGACGUGGACGAAAUGUAAUUGGAAAAAGGGCCACAGUUGAUGUGCCAGGACAGAGAGGGGCAAACAUUACCAUGUGUGCAGCAAUUGCAAAUGCAGGAUUACUCCUUCACAGAUGUCAGGUUGGACCCUAUAAUACAGAGCGCUUGCUUGCCUUUCUCAAUGAUCUCCACCAGCGCCUGGUUCCAGAGCAGGGUCAGGAGGGUGAAAACAUGAGGACCUUUGUAAUUACCUGGGACAAUGUGGCUUUCCAUCACUCGCAAGCAAUAACAACAUGGUUUGAAGUCCACCCAAGACUGGUAAGUCUCUUCCUUCCACCCUAUUCACCUUUCCUCAACCCCAUAGAGGAGUUCUUUUCUGCAUGGAGGUGGAAGGUUUAUGACCAUCAGCCACAUGACCAGAUGUCCCUCCUUGAAGCCAUGGAUGCUGGCUCCAGGGACAUCACAGUUGACGAUUGCCAAGGGUGGAUCCGACAUACCAGGCGGUUUUAUCCCAGGUGCAUCGACUUGGAUAACAUCAGAUGUGAUGUUGAUGAAAACAUGUGGCCUAACCCUGAAGAUCGCAGAGAUUAGAUGCAAAUUUUUUGCCUUUUUUUUAGCCCCCCUCCCCCUCCCCCCCUUUUUAUCUUGGCUUUUUGCUGUUGUUUUUUUGUUCAGAAUGCUCUUGUGUGUUUCAUGGAUAUUUUGUUCACUGUAAGCAAUACUGUAAAACUUUCUCUGUCCUAUCAUACCGUGUUUCUACUGUACCUCCUGUAGUAAACAGUAAAGAAACAAAAACCUGUUUGCUUUUUACUGGAAUGCUUUUGAAUGUGAACAUUACUGUACAUGUGGACAUACAGUUACCAACCAAGACAUUUCUGGUGUCAAAAUGGUGGAUUGCAUGUUUCGCAUGCAAAUACCUGUAAAACUGAAACAUAAAAGUCUAUGCAGUUUUUGUAAUGUCAAUAAUAGCCAGUAUUUUGAAACCUGGUGUACUUUGAUUGACUGCAUGUACCUUGUGAAGUGAAAACAAGUGUUAUUCUUUGGCAGACUAAUUUCAUUUUGAGUCAGAUUUAUAGUGUUUUUGUACAGUUAGUGUGUGCAGGGAAAGAUGUGUUCUAUUUUGAAAUGAAGAGUUAGUAUAUAUUUAACAAAAUGUAUUUUUGGGAAGAAAAUUAUCCAUUUGGCCAAUUGUGUUUUGUAGGUGUGAGUCUGUGUUAAGAGUUUAGAAAACGUAUCUGAAGUAUGGGUAGGCGCUUGUUAGCGAUUGGAAAAAACUGUAAAUAUUGUACAUCAAAGAAUUUACUUAACAUUGCAAAUAUUACACAUACACUACAGAUAUGUAUAUUCUUAUUAAUCUUCACUACCGGGGAUGUAUCUGACAGGCUCUCUAGACUCAUUAAGAAUAUGGAGUCCAGUAUAUUUCAUAAAUCUCCAAAAAUACUGGCAAAAAAAAAAAAA